GAUCUCUCUGUGUUCUUCCAUGAGUAUUAAGUAGGUCAGGCUUGCCUUAAACCGAUUUCCUGAACCUGUGUCAGAUUAAGCUGAAGGAAUUUCAAUAAACCCUCCCUGUAGGCGUAGGCCUAAGCGAGACUAACCUAGUUAAGCCUGAUUCUUUUUUUUGUUGUCUGUGGGGGAAGAGCUGUGCAGAGCUCAAGGCUGAAUGGUGCUUUCAGGACGCGGCUGCUAAUAAGAGGAGAAGUGGAAAUGGUGGGGAAGGCUCGCUCGUCCAAUUUCACUGUGUUUGAAAAGCUUGAUUUGCUGGAGCUGGUGAAGCCGUAUAUCGGGGUGUUGGAGGAGCACACAAACAAACACUCGGUUAUCAUUGAGAAAAACAAUUGCUGGGAGAUCAUAGCCGAAAAGUACAACGCGAUGGGAGCCGGGCGGCCCCCCAGAACCGCGCAAGGCCUGCGCACCUUGUACAAGAGGCUAAAGGAGUACGGCAAGCAGGAGCUUCUCCAGUGCAAGACGUCACAGGCCGGCUACCAGAGCUCAGUAUCGGAGGCCACCAAGAAACUUGUGGAGAUAAUCCCCCAGUUUGGCAACGUGUGCUUCUCGAGGGACGUUAACGGAGUGCCAAGUGAAUCCGUUGGUUCAGAAACAGAUCCUGGCAUUAGCUCCCAACACAUCCCUCUGCAAGAUCAGAUGGUGUCCGUCACUGUGCAGCUAGAACAAGAAGAAGAUGUCAAGCCGCCACCGUCUUUGCUCCUAAAUCCACCGCCCGCGACUGUUCGGGAUGAACCAGACGAUCAUGCGUUUGAUCAUGAACUGGACAGGUCACUAUCCCCAACGCUUUCAUCUGUGGACAUGAGGCUAUCUUUAUCUCCGCCGGUUCCAAGGAUAGAGGAAUGUUUCAGUCAUACCGGUGAACGCUUGCGAUCGACCUGUGGUUGUAAUCCAGAGACUCUGCAAAUGGCGAGGAAAGAGCACCAGAUAAUCUUGAGUAACCAAAGACAGUAUGGACUGUACAUCAAGGAGAAGAGGGAGGGUUUGAAAAGACGGCAGCACUUAGAAGAAGAACUUCUUAAGGCAAAAAUUAAAGUAGAGAAACUAAAAGCAAUGAAAUUACGCCGCGAUCUCCCUGAAUACAGUAACCUAUAACAUUCAUUGUCAUCACAUUGUUAUAAUUGCUUUAUAUUUACAUGUUCAGUUUGUUCUUGUUCUCUAUUUACAACGAAUAAAACAUGAAAAAUCAA